GUGGAGGCCCCACUCUCUGGUAGGGAGGCGACCCCGUCCGUCGGUCGGAAGCGGGCGAGGCGUCCCCGAACCCCGGGUCUUCACUGAACUUGCGAGCGCGGGCGUGUCCGCGCUGGGAGAGGAGUCUGGGCAGGUUUCGAGUUCUUUAGUGGAAAGGCAAGAUGGGCGGGCCCCUCACGCCCAGGGAAUCUGCCAAACUCAUCGCAGAAAGCAGUCGGGAUGUGUUCGUGGAUGGCGCGGGCGUGCGGCGCGUGGCCGAGCUGCUGCUCCCGCAGGCCUGCGGGCCGGAGCUGCAGGUGCAGGCAUGGAAGGCCCUCCACGAGCUGAACCCCCAGGCGGCCGACGAGGCCGCCGUCAACUGGGUGUUCCUCACAGACACGCUGAACUUCUCCUUCUGGUCGGAGAGCGACGAGCGCAGGUGUCUGGUGGGCUACAAAGGGAAAAUGUACAGCGGAUUCUGGUCGCUGUGCGCCGCAGUCAACCGAGCCCUCGACGAAGGGGUACCAAUCACUAGUGCCACCUACUAUGCCACAGUGACCUUGGGGCAGGUUCAUCAUAUAUUCCGAUCUGACACAGAUGUUCCCAUGCCUUUGAUCGAAGAGAGGCAUCAGAUUCUCAAUGAAACCGGGAAAAUUCUACUUGAGAAGUUUGGAGGCUCGUUUCUUAAUUGUGUUAAAAAAAGUGGAAAGAGUGCACAAAAAUUACUGCACUUGGUAGUUGAGAAUUUUCCUUCUUACAGAGAUGUGACGAACUUUGCGGGGAAACAGAUUUCUUUUUAUAAGCGGGCCCAGAUCCUUGUGGCAGAUACCUGGGGUGUGUUAGAAGGAAAAGGAGAUGGCUGCUUUCAGGACAUCUCCAGUAUCACCAUGUUUGCUGACUAUAGAUUACCUCAGGUGCUUGCUCAUCUGGGGGCCCUGAGAUACUCUGAUGAACUACUGAAGAAGCUUCUUAAAGGAGAAAUGCUCUCAUAUGGGGAUAAGCAAGAGGUUGAAAUCCGAGGAUGCUCAAUUUGGUGUGUUGAACUGAUCAGGGAUUAUCUUCUGAUGCUUAUUGAAAAAAAGGGUGCAAAAACUAGCGGAGAGAUCAAUUCUGUUCUUCUGGAUUAUUACUUAUGGGACUAUGCCCGUGAUCACAGGGCUGACAUGAAAGGAAUUCCAUUUCAUCGCACACGUUGCAUUUACUAUUGACCCAAAGUGUGACUUGAUCAAAGAGAUCUCCUCUUCCAUUUCUCUGACGUAAAAUAAUACGGCUUUGCUUUGAUAUUAGAAGAUAAUACAGAUUACAGGUACAAGUCGAUGGAUGAUCCAGCCCCGCUUAAUUUUUUUUUUUUGGUGAUAUGCCAUAGUGUGUUCUGAACUUUAUCCUUUGCUUAUGUCGUUCUGACUGUAUUUCCUCUUCCCAUGAAUCAGAGUGAUAAAAUUAUAAAGGAAUUAUACUUUCUUUCACCUUUGAGAUCUCAGACUUCCUAAAAUUAAUCAAGCCUUAUAAAAUCUGAUGAAAUCAUCAUGAGAAUAAUUUAGCCAUUCAAUUGGUAUUUAAAGAGAGAGAGAGGGUAGGGUUGUGAAUAUUAUAAACACCAAUGUUCUUGUAAAAUCAACCUUGACAGUGUAUUUUAAACUUUUUUUACUGGUAAUUAUUGUGGGUUUUGUAUAUGAUGACUUUCAAUUUUGGAUAUGGUUGCUGAGAAUUUUUCUCAGAAUUAAAUUCGAUUUAAAUAAAGAUUAUCUAAAAAUUGUG